AUGGUGAUAGUUAUCAUGGUCAUGGCUUGUCGGGACAUGGGGGUGCCGGUUAUGGAAGAUUAUCAUUCGUAUCCCCAAUAUCAAUUUGAAUAUGGUGUGCAGGACUCUAAGACUGGCGAUAGCAAGAGUCAAUGGGAACAUCGGGAUGGUGACAAUGUACAAGGUAGCUACACUUUGAAGGAAGCCGAUGGCACCACUCGUGUAGUGGAUUAUCAUGCCGAUGGUCAUCAUGGUUUCAAUGCUGUGGUCAAGAAGUUGGGUCAGGCCAAUCAUGCUGGAAGCUAUCACGGCCAUGGUGCAUAUGGUGGACAUGGUUACGGACAUGGCUAUGGCCAUGGUUAUGGUCAUGCCACCAGCUAUGCCAAAGUCAAUUUGCAUUAA